GAAAUACUUCCUUAGCUUGUAGUUAGCCGGCCAAUGUUAUGAACAAGAAAAAAAAUUAGGGACACGGCUAAGAGAAGAGAUGAAAGGAGAGGAGAUGAGAAGUGAAUAAAGGGUUAGGAAAAAGGGAGAAAAUCUUGCUACAAGUUUAAUUAAGGUACAUACUACGAGGCAAAGUUCAAGGAGAAAAGCAUUUGUGAGCAACCUGCCAAUCAGCACAGAGUCACACUUGCAUAUUAAAUUCUCAAUCCUGCGCAGCUCGCUUGCCGGCCUCCUCCUGGCUUUCUCAACGGCAAAAGCUCGCCUCCUUCUGGCUUUUGCGACCACAAACUUGUCUGCUUCUAGAUCGCUGAACCACGUUCGCUCCAGAGAACCCACACCGGCAAACUCAACCAUCGCCGGCCAGUUCUUCUGAUCCGCGGUUCAUAUUUAUCUCAGAUUGAAAUGAAAAAUUAUGAGGAAGACAAUAAUGAAGAAGGUGAAGCUGCAGUUGAUGGGUAUGAUGUUGUGUCAAAGGAGAAAAGUGGUGGUCCAAUAAUGUGUGGAAGAGGUGUUACCAAGAAAGACCUUGCUAAUACAAAAGAGACCGUGCAUCAGUCGCAUGUCAUGACUUCUAAUGAUAUGGAGACAAUCAUGAGCACUUUGAGAAAGGAGAUUGAAGAGAAAAAUGAGAAAAAGGAUGCUGAGCUAGAACAAAUGCGAAAGGAGCGUGAAGUUGAGAAACAGAAGAUGGAUUUGAUUCUAGCAAAAUUGUCUGCCAUGAUUCCAAAUUUUGAUGUCAACUCGCUUGGAGUAUAGAGUCUGAGAUAUUUAAUUAGCUAGUUUUUAAAGGAUUAAUCGGUUGAUGUUAUUAUCGAUUUUGAUAUAUUACAGUACUAUUUAUUUCAAAUUGUGCAACGUUGAUUAUAUUGUAAUCCAUUUGAGUUUCUCUUUGACACAUAAGAUAUGUAAUGAAUAUUGUCUUGAUUGGAUAAUAUAAUAUUGUGAUGCUUUUAACAUUUUCA